CCUGACAAAUAGUUGGUAAAAAGGGGAAAAAGUCAUUAAAAAAAAAUUGCACAAAUUAAUGUGAUAAUGUAAAGGUGUUCGUAUAUUUUAUUUACUUUAGAGAGUGUUUCAAUGAUUUUCAAUGACUAAAAUUUAAAUAAUACAAUAUUGUUGAUAUUUUUAAAAUCAUUUCAAAUGAUUCUAAAGGAAUGGAGAUUAAAUAAUAGAAAGAAUAAAAAAAAUAACAGUGGGUUUUAAAAAUAUUAUACUUUUAAUUGCCAGUAAAAUGGCUGAAAAUAUAAAUUCCGCUGACAAUGCUUGGAAUCAAGAAGAAACUGUUGACGAAGAUGAAAGUCAAUCAACAUCCAACACAAUGGAUGCUAGCUCAUCAGAACCAUUUAUUCGAAAUAAUUAUUGUCAACAUUCAAACGCAAAUUGUUAUGAUGAGGAUAAAAUGCGACGAAAAUUAAAAUUUUUUUUCAUGAAUCCUGUUGAAAAAUGGCAAGCUAAACGAAGAUUUCCAUAUAAAUUUAUUGUACAAAUAAUUAAAAUAGUAUUAGUUACGACACAACUUUGUUUAUUUGCGCAUAACAAUUAUAUACACGUCAAUUACACAUGGGACAAUCGAAUUGCAUUUUCACAUCUUUUUCUGAGAGGAUGGGAUUCUGUACAAGAGGUUCCAGCAUAUCCACCAGCUUCAGGACCGUUUGCAAUUUAUAAACAAGAUGAUUUUUAUGAAACAGUAAAUUUUGCAUUAGACGGUUAUUAUAAUUUAAAUAAUUCAAUUGGAUCCUAUUCUUAUGAUUCAGAGGAUAAUUCACGUGGACCAGUAAUAUUGUGUUUACAACAUUACAAGAAAGGAAUUAUUUUUGGUUUUAAUGAAAGUUAUAUAUUUGAUAAUGAAAUUGAAGAAUUAUGCGUAAAUAUAACGCACAAAUAUAAUGAUAAAUUUUCAAUAGGCAAAGUUUUAAUGGAUGAAAAUGUAAAAAUUAAUUUCUCAUCAUUGAUUAAAGCAGAAUUAAAAUUUGCAAUUAAAACUGUUAAUUUAAAAGCAGCUGGUCCAAUAACACCGCCCGAUUGUUAUACAUUUAAAAUUAAAAUUAUUUUUGACAACAAAGAUUUUGAUGGACAAAUGUUACUUUCAUUGGACACUGAACCAAGACGUUUAUUAUGUAAAGGAUUGACGCAUUAUUAUCCAAAUAGUCAACUUGAAUCGGCAUUAAGAACUCUAUUAAAUUUAUUUGUCAUUCUUAUUUGUACAUUUUCAUUGAUAUUAUGUUCGCGAGCAAUUUAUAGAGCACAAUUAUUAAAAUAUGAAACAAUGGGAUUUUUUAAAAGAACUUUUAAUGUACCAUUAAGUUUACAGGGGAGAUUGGAAUUUUUAAAUUUAUGGUACAUUAUGAUUAUUAUUAAUGAUUUAUUAAUAAUUAUUGGCUCGGGAAUAAAGGAGCAAAUUGAAAGAAAACAUUUUGGUAAUGAUCAUUGGAAUAUUUGUAGUAUUUUUUUGGGCACUGGUAAUUUAUUGGUUUGGUUUGGUGUAUUGAGAUAUUUGGGAUUUUUUAAAACUUAUAAUGUUGUGAUAUUAACAUUGAAAAAAGCAGCGCCUGAAGUUGCAAGAUUUUUAUUGUGCGCUAUUUUAAUUUAUGCGGGAUUUACAUUUUGCGGUUGGUUAAUAUUGGGACCGUAUCAUAUGAAAUUUCAAACACUUGCAUCAACAUCCGAAUGUUUAUUUGCUUUAAUCAAUGGUGACGAUAUGUUUGCAACAUUUUCAAUGACAUCAGUUAAAUCGCCAAUGCUUUGGUGGUUUUCGCGAAUUUAUUUAUAUACAUUUACAUCGUUAUAUAUUUACGUUGUUUUGAGUUUAUUUAUUUCAGUUAUUAUGGACGCAUAUGAAACAAUUAAACUCUAUUAUCGCGAUGGUUUUCCAAAGAAUGAUUUACAAACUUUUAUUGCAAUGCAAGAUAAUGAUAUAUUAAUAAAUACAUAUAAUGAAUAUUCAGAGAACAGUGAAUUAGGUGAAUUUUUCGAAAGAUUUUGUUGCCAAAGAAAACGUAACGAUUCAAUGACUGCGAAUAAUUCGUCAGCGAAUAAACCGGAACAAAUAUGCGGUGCUAUUUGCAUUUAAGAGACAAACUAUUCGUUGUUGCUUUUUUUUUUUUUUAAGUUUGUCCCAAUCAGUGAUUAUACCAAUAAAAUGUGUUCAAGUUUGGCAGUUUAUUUUUUACAAAAAAGAAAAGAGAACUAUUAAAUUAUAAUGAAUUUUAAUAUAAAAA